AUGAACACUGAUUCCACUGCACAGAUGCUCUCUGAUAAGAUCAUUGGGAUAAAUGUGAAUCUUGAUCUGCUGAAUCAGUAUUUGCACCUUAUUGUCUAUCAUGCAUUGAUUAGCCUAGAGGAGCUUGAUACUUCCAUCCCUUCCCAUGCAAGUCUCUUGGAGGCAGCCGUAUCAAUGGUCAUUGUGCGAACGGAUACAACAGCUGCAACACUUGCACUUGGCACAUAUCAAGUCCUGUGCAAACCAGAUAUUUAUACAAAACUCAAAGAGAAGCUUCUGAAUGCAUGGCCAGACUUUGAGCAACGACCUAGAGCGGCCGACUUGGAAAGGCUUCCUUACUUGACCGCCGUCAUCAAGGAGGCUCUUCGAAUGGCUCCUACGACCAUAUUAGAAACUCCGUGA